GAGGCGAAGCGAAACGAGUCGACUCGAGCUAAAGUAGACUAAAGACUGGGGUAGCGAAGAAUAGAGAGUAGGGAGAAAGGCGAGCAACGCAACGACAUAGCCCGAAAUAGUCGUGCAGGAGUUGUGUAAACGGUGACUAUACCUAUGCCGGGCACGCGGAAACGCUAAAAUCGUUGUGUGUAUUUGGAUCUUGGUAUAGAAAAGCAACCACCUUUCUACGCUUCGACGCAAGCAUGAUUCUUCGUAUAUUCUCGACCUCGUUUGUUGUACGUACGCGACCGUACAACCGCGCGACUCGAAGACGCAGUGUAGAAACGAAAGUGAGUGCUUUACUGCUACGACAGUGAAGGCGUGAGGUUCUCGACCGAUCGAAUUUUAAACGAACGAGUUUUGUUUUUCUGUUUAUACCGAGGUUGUAUAUCCAUCACCGUUAUGUUGUUAUUUGCACCAUAAAUAGUAAAGAUGAUAUAAAUUUUUAACGAAGUACUGUACCUCGUGUAAUAACGGUGAAAACACGUUAAAAGAGUGAAAUACUAAAAUUCGACAAAAAAAAAAAAAUAAAAUAAAAAAUAGACUAAAUGCGGCAUGCGUCGCUUUCUACUUAUACACGUUAUUCCAUACAACAAAUUUUUAUGAUUUUAACGAAAUUAACAAUGCAGAAAAUGUACUUUGAUUGCGGGAAAUGAAACCGAAUACUCUAUAUCUUAUUAGCAAACGAUUGUAAGCGUUGAUAAAUCAGAAAUGCAACUUGGAGCGUGCAUCGCAAUUUAGUCGACGCGAUUCAGAAUUAAUGAAAAAUGAGAACGCUUAGGUUCGUUGCCUGUUUAGUACUUUUGCCAUCCUUGCUGCUACGUAUUAGCAUCGUGUCAUCGGCCCCUACGUAUGAACAUGCUGCUUUCCAAGCCGCCGAUCAAUGUGACUGGAUUGGAAGCGGAGGUGGUGGCAGAGGUGUGCGACCCGUUUAUCUCCGAUGCUCGAGGGGAACCGUAUCUUGGCGAUAUCCACGCGGAGCUUUGCGCGUAGUCCUGUCGCCUCCUGUUUUGACCGGAUCCGUUUCGAAAGUCCAUUUCGAAUUAGUUGAGAAAAGGGGCAACGACGGCAACGUUAGUACCAGCGACGUUUACCGAUUAUCCGGAUUUCGUACAUGCACCAAGGUCUCCGGACCGGUAAGAGUAUAUUUGGAAACACGUGGAAAACUUCGAUCGGUGUACUCUCCGAGAGACGGCAAGCACGAAGCCACGCAUAGAUGUUUCCGCGCGAAAAAACAACCCGCGGCGCUUUAUAUCGAAGCGGAAGAACCCCCUGUAUCGGGCGAACGUCGUGACGCGAAAUUACAAUACGAUUUGGAAUUACGGUACCCCGACAGUGGACGAGAAGGAAGAACACGGCGAUUUAACGAGGAGGAGGAAGAGGACUGCAGGCCGUGCUCUAUGGACGAAUUGGCUAAAGCUUAUUGUCAAAGCGACUUGGUAGCUAGGGGUACAGUAAGCGCCGUUCAAAGACAACCGAACUUAGAAGCUGCUGAACUCAUCCUUGGAAUAACAAAGACUUUGCGUCGAAUUGAAGAAAAUGAGGGCAAUAAUGAUGCGGACGUUACUGAUUCGUACGACCGAAGAAACAUUCGUGUAAGGGUGCCGACUGCCUGUGACGCUCGACACGGCCAGGGCGAGUUUGUCAUAAUGGCUAAACGAAGACUCGGUGACCUUGUUCUGGUUUGUGCGCCGAGGCUGGAAACUUGGGUAAAAACAGUCCGUGAAUUAGAAAGUGCCCCAUGCGUACUUCGAAGUUAGCAUCUUCAAAUUGUAACGAAAUUGUUGUAAAUACAUUGUACUUUCCUGUUCUAUACGAUACGAAUAUCGAUCUCCGAACUGUGAUAUUGUUUUGUAAAAAUUUUAUCGUGACAAAUAUAUAAUAUCUUCUCAGCAAGA